AUGUCAUUCUUUGGUUUUGAUCCUACUCAACCACCACGAGGUUCAAAGGAUGAUAAAGUUUAUGAUUUUGAAGAUACAUAUGAUGGAUUAGGAGAAUUAGAAGAAGAAGAUGCAUUUAAUGAUGAAACUUUUGGAGCAAGUACAAAUGAUAUUAGAAAAGAUUUCGAAUUUGGUCAUGGUCCGUCAACAAAAAAGGAAGAACCUCAAUAUCAAUCUACACCAGCCCCAUCUUUAUCUCAAAGUUAUGCUCAAGCAGCACAAUCAAACCCUGUAAAUGAUGACGAGUUUAUGGAAGAAUUAUGGGGUUCAUCAAAUGCACCAAGUAAAUCAAUUCAUGAAAAGCAACAACAAAUACCACAACAACAAGAAGAAAGCGGUACUUAUCAAGCUCAAUCUGAAAGAAAAAUAUUAUCAUUAGAAGAAAUUGAAGCUCAAUUGACUGCAAUUGAUCAACAACAACAACAACAUCCACAAGCAUUUCCUCAACCGGGUCUGUUCCCACCACAACAUUAUGGAGCACCAGGAAUGAUGCCUCAAUUUAAUGGGUACAUGAUGGGAGGAUAUAUGCAACCUCAAUAUGGAUUCCCUGGUGGAGCUAUACCUCAUCAACAAUUUCCUCCCAUGCAAGGAUUUCCACCACAAUUACCACAGCAGUUCCAACAGCCACCACCACCUCAACAACAACAACCCCAACCUCAAACUCAACAGCAAACUCCUCAACAACCACAAAUUCCUACCCAAGCACCAAGACAACAACCACCAGUUUCAGAUUCUAAAAAGAUUCCAAUUCCAAAUCAAAAACCACAAAAAGUUGAUUUAUCUCAAUUCCCAGUAUUAGGAAAAGAAGCAUUACAGCAACCUCAUCAUCAUCACCAACAACAAGCACUUUUACAACAACAAAUGCAACAACAAGAUGUCAAUCAAAAUAAUCACAGUCGUCAACCACUGCAAGAACUUACUCCAGAACAACAAGAAAAAGCAGCUAGAAGACAAGAGAAAGUUUCAAGAAUCAUGAAAUAUUCAGGUAUUAUGAAUCCAAAAGAUAAAGAUUUUGUAACAAGAUUUCAAUUAUCACAAAUUGUUACUGAAGACCCAUAUAAUGAAGAUUUCUAUGCACAAGUUUAUAAAGUGAUUCAUCCAAAGACUAUUAAUGGAGUUCAACAACAAGCACCAGCUCAACAAAGUAAUUCUAUAGCUCAAGCUUAUUUAGAUCAUAGUGGACAUAGAUUAGGAGGUCGUUAUAAGAGAGCAGAUGUUGCAUUACAAAGAAUGCAGCAACAAGUUCAAAAAGCAGUUCAUGUUGCGAAAGAAAGACCGAAAUUAACUCAAUAUGCAAAAGAAGGUGCUUUAGGUAAAAUUUCAUUUGGAAGUGGUAAAAAGCCAAGACAACAAUUAGAAAUUAUUAGUAAAGCAGCAGAAAGAGAGAAGAAUGAUACAAAAGUUGAAUCUAAAAAAGAAGACACCAGAAAGUAUUCAAGAAACGAUAUAUUUGGUAUUUUGGAAAAUAUUAUAUCAGAAUUAAUGAAUGUUGAAAGUGAAUCAAGGACAGCAUCUUCAGUAGAUACUGCAAAAUUAUGGGAUUCAAUGAAAGUCUUGGAGCAAGCAUCAACUUCAGGUGACGAAGAAUCAGAAGUUAAUCCAUUCAUUCAGUGUUUGAAUUAUAACAAAAUGUUAAAAAUAUUGAUACGUCUUUUCAAGUUCUUAAAUAGAGAACAAAUAUUAACCAUAUCAGCAUUAAUUAUGUCAAACUUAGAAAAUUUAUCUGUAAUUAAAAAUGGAUCUUAUACAACUUAUUCAAACAAAGAAAUCCCCGAAAAUGUGUUAAAAUUAGUUGAAUCUUAUUCCUUAACUUUUUCAAAAUUGUUUAUGAAUGCAGUUGUUGAUUUUAAAUUUAAUGAAAUUAUUGGAUUAUUAGUUAUAUUAAUUGAACAUAAUAACGUAUCAUUUGUCUCAACUACAAAAAUUGGUUUAACCAUAUUAACUACUUUAUUAUCACGAGCAGAGUUAAUUAUUGGUGAAGGUCAAAUAUCAGCAACUGAUUUAUCAGAAUGGACUUCAUGUUAUGAUGAAUUAUUUACAGCAUUAGAAUCAAGAAUUGCAGCAAUUUUCCCACCAAAUCCAAGUGAUGUUGACGAUGGAUCUUCUAGAGAAAACUAUAUAUGGCAAUUUUUAGCAACUUUAUCAUUAGGUGGUAAAUUAAGUCAUCAAAGAAUUAUUGUUGAUGAAGUUAGAGAUGAAAUUUUUGGUGUUAUGAAUAGAGCUAAAACUAUUGACAAUCAAGACUCGGCUAAUUUAUAUAAGAAACAAAAUUUAUUAAAUAAUUUGAAUAUGUAUUUGGUAGUUAUGGGAUUAGUUGCAGAUGAACAUGAAAUCAAAGAGCUUUGA